AUGUACCAGAGGGACAUCCAUCAACGCCAUUGUGCGUUUCCCCUUCCCGCGGGAUACAAGUAUGACGAGACCUUCCGUUCUAGUCAUAAUGAACAGGCUCAAAAAGUUGCGAACGCCACACAUCAAGCGAGUUUGGGGAUGCGAUGGGUUAAUGGCGAGCGUCUCCUGGUUCCCAAGUACAUGUCGCCCGAAAUUUCUGAUGACGAAAUAGUAGGAGAGUCAAAGGUUUUGCAUGUUGCUAUCCCCAGCAACCGUAAUCAACAAUUAGUUUUGUUGGGAACAGAAUGUAAGGAUCAUUUGAAUUCUUUCUACAUUUGA